UGAGAGACAGCGAAGAGCAAAUAAACCUGUGAUGAGCCCCUUAAAUUCAACAUUUUUAAAUGCCACUAUUGUGCAUCCUGCAUUCUUUUUCAUAAGUGGAUUUUCCAAUAUUCCCCACACAAAAUACUACUAUGUGUUCUUGUGCUUUGUUUAUGCUCUGUCUGUUCUGGGAAACACUUUUGUCAUGUUUGUGAUUUACGCUGACCACUGUCUUCACAGUCCGAAAUACAUUGCAGUGUUUAAUUUGGCUGUGUCCGACUUGUGUGUGAGCACUGCACUUGUUCCUCCAUUGAUUGACACCUUCCUGUUUAAAUCACAGUUAAUCUCCUUUGAGGCCUGCUUGAGUAAUAUGUUUUUUGUUUUUUGGUUUCUCUUCAUGCAGUCUUUCAGUCUCACUGUUCUGUCCUAUGAUAGAUGUGUUGCUAUAUGCUUUCCAUUGAGAUACAAUGAAAUUAUUACAACCAAGUCAAUGCUGGUGAUCACGACCAUAUUAUGGAUUAUUGCAGGAUUGGCCAUUCUCAUACCUGUACUUUUUAUUAACCGACUAUCAUUCUGCAAAUCCAUUGUGAUAAACAGCUAUUUCUGUGAUCAUGGACCCACGUUUCGAUUAGCAUGCAAUGACUACACUCCAAGUUAUAUGAUGGGCGGGAUUCAGCCUAUUGUGAUUUUUUGGCUUCCAUUACUGUUUAUUACAGGUACAUACAUCUGUAUAGCCCGUGCGUUAUUGAAAAUUGCAACCGCCUCAGAGCGACUCAAAGCCAUGCAAACCUGCACCUCCCAUUUGAUCUUGGUGAGUGUAUUUUAUCUUCCUGUAUGUAUUAAUGCUGCGAUGGGUUCCAUUCACCCAAACAUUAGAAUCUUUAGUACGUCGCUGGCAUUGGUCUUGCCGCCUAUGCUUAAUCCAAUCAUUUACUCACUGAAGACUGAAGAAUUCACAGAAUCCAUUAAAAAACAGUACAGAAGACAUAAAAUACAUAUCACUGUAAUGAAUAAAUGA